AUGGAUCAGGAUGUGUUUGAGGACAGCUCAGAAUUAAAAUACAUGGAGAAUGCUCUUCUAAAUAAAAAUGCUCCCAGGAAGCUGAACAGUUAUGCAGACAAAAAUCAGUGCUGUGAUUCUGAAGGAAAAAUUAUGAGCAAUAUUAGGGAAUCAGUCCCAAACCAGCAAAACAAAGUGCAGAGAUCACCACUGUCCUGCAGCUGCAGUGCUGUGGAAGUGGAGCACCCUCAGUGUGAGGAGCUGGACCAGGGAAGGAAGCAGAGCUGUGAUGAUGGCACAAGCCAAAUGGCUUCUUUCAGACCAAAGGAAGAGUCCACAUCUCAGUCAUUACAAGAAGUGCAGAAAGGAAGGCAGGGUAACAACAGCAGUCCUGACCUCAGUACGUGUCUGGAGCAAGAGGCACCUCCUGCUCAGAAACUGCAGCCUGUAUUUCAAACACAGCUCUCAAGACAGCUCUGGUUGGACCAUGCUGGGGAACAAAUAACCAGGCAGGCAACUCCCAUGCUUUACUAUCUGUCUGCAGGGAGAACCACCAGUGUCCUGCACCCCAGCAAGGACUCAAGGAGCUCACCAAAGGAAAUUCCAUCAGCACAGUGUCUGGAGAUACAAAGAGAAGGCCAUCAGCCCCAGAGGAGCAGCCACCACCACCAGCACAGUGCUGAUGAUCUCCAGCUUCAGAACAAAGAUCUCAUUUUCAGGAGUCCUGCCUCAUUCACAGAGGAGAGUUUACAGAAUGACUACAUAGAGAAACUUAAAAUGGCUCAGAAAAAGGUUCUCAAAGAAACCUCCUUUAAAAGAAAAGACUUACAGAUGAGUUUGCCUGUCAGACUGAGACAGAAAUCCUCUAAAAGGCCAUCCAUUGAACACCUUCGGUCUUUCUCAUUAUCCAGUGCAAGUGAGGAUGCCAAACCUGUUCCUUGCUCCCCUUCCCAUCUAGAAUCCUUGGAAAGUUUCAAUAGAAAUGAAGAAAUAAGGAGGCCACAAAAAGGUCAAGCAGGGGGAAGGAAAAGGGUAACCCAAGAGCAAAAGAAACUGUGCUACUCUGAGCCUGAGAAGCUCAAUCACCUAAUGGAUAAGGAAAUAUCAUGGAGUCAAGUUAGGGAUGAAACCACUGACCAAGGCACAGUGGCAUCCAGGAGAAGGGAUCUGGAGAACAGAGGAAAGGCAUUUUCCAGCUCAAGUGUCUCCAGGACAGAGCUGAAACAAAUCCAGCACAGUGCACUGAUCAAAUACAUGGAACGAAAGAUCAGUCAAAGGAGCCGUGCAGGUGUGCCAGAUGUGCCAGAUGUGCAGCAGCUCCGCGCCGGCGCCCUGGGAGCUGCCCCGGCCCCUCCAGGUGGAAGCAAGGAGAGUGCUGGAGUGGAGGAGGAAUGCAGAACUCAGCCUCUGGGCGGGAAUGCUGCACUCAAGCAUGCAGAGCAGCAGCAGCCUGCAGCUUCUCCAGAGCAGGGGAUGCAUCUGCACACAGCACCAGCUGGGUCUCACCAAGGACACAAACAUCCAGGCAAAGGUCUCCUUGCCCAGGAAACAUCCCUGCACAGCAGCCCUGAUGAUGUUCCCCUGGAGGGAGACGCCCAGAGGAGGCUGCAGCCUUCUGAGGAGCAGCGGUACCAGGAGCUUGCUCUGGAGAUCAUUGCCAAAGACAGAUCUCUGGAGGACAUUCUCAUGCCUCAUCCCCUUAGAAAAACUGCCUUGAACCUGAUGGAGAGUUUGUUCCCUGUCAACAUUUCCAUGCUGGAUAAAUCACGCAGGAAAAGGGGAAAGGCACAGCGUGUGCAGGAGAAUGAGAAAAGUCAUGGAGAUGGACCAGAAGAAUGUCCAAAAUCUGAGCAUGAAACCAAGCAAAGGAGCAAAUAUCCUGCCUCUAUGAGAAACCAAGUCCUGAAGAGGAACAGGGACAGCACAAAUGAGCUAGAUGACCUCACAUCUAAGAAACUGGAGCUCAUGGCCAGUGUCCAAUCCAGGCUGCAGGCGUUGUGGGAGGAGCAGGAGCUGGUUCUCCUGGAAGUCAGGGAAUGUGCCAGGUGGGGCGAGGAGCUGGAGGUGCUGCUGAGGGAGCUGUGCAAGCCGCAGGAGUUUGAGCGCUACCUGAUGUUCAUCGGGGACCUGGAGAAGGUGCUGAGCCUCCUGCUCUGCCUGUCCAGCCGCCUGGCCCGCGUGCAGAACGCCCUCAGCAGGACGGAUGGCAACACAGAGCCUGAGGAGAAGCAAUCGCUGAAUGAACGGCACCAGCUCUUGUCUCGGCAGCGGGAGGAUGCAAAGGACCUGAAGGAGAAUCUGGACAGGAGAGAACGUGUGGUCUCUGGAAUCCUUGCCAAAUACCUGACAGAGCAGCAGCUCCAGGACUAUCAGCACUUUGUUCAAGUCAAGACCUCCUUGCUGAUUGAACAGAAGGACCUCGAAGAGCAGAUUAAAUUUUUUGAAGAACAAUUAGAAAAUCUCGAGCAAAGCAUCCCCAUCUAA